UCCCACCGCGCCGUCCCCGCCGCGCCCCCUUGCGGUGUCCGGUGCGCGGUGCCCGUCCGGUGCGCGCUGUCCCUGCUGCGCCCCCUUGCGGUGUCCGGUGCGCGGUGUCCGCCCGGCGCACGGUUUCCCUGCCGCGCCCCCUUGCGGUGCCCGGUGCGCGCUGUCCGUCCGGUGCUCGGUGUCCCCGCCGCGCCCCCUUGCGGUGUCCGGUGCGCGGUGCCCGGUGCGCGGUGUCCGUCCGGUGCGCGGUGAUGCUGCAGGGCAUCCCCCCCGUGCUCUCCCCGGAGCUGCUCUUCGCCCUGGCCAAGAUGGGGCACGGAGACGACAUCGCACUUCUUGCAGAUGCCAACUUCCCCACGUCCUCCGUGUGCCGGUGUGGCCCAGUGGAAGUCCGAGCGGACGGUGUGGGCAUCCCUCAGCUCCUGGAAGCCAUUCUGAAGCUGCUGCCCCUGGAUACGUAUGUGGAGAGUCCGGCAACGGUCAUGGACCUGGUGGAGGGAGAUAAGGCCAAGGGUCUCAAGACUCCUGUGUGGACAGAGUUUCAGACACUCCUCUCCCGGGCUGGAUGCAAUAAAGCCCUGGAAAAGAUAGAAAGAUUUGAUUUUUAUGAACGGGCCAAAAAGGCAUUUGUGGUGGUUGCAACUGGGGAAACAGCUCUGUAUGGGAAUCUGAUCCUCAAGAAAGGUGUGAUUACUUCUUCAGAGCUGCAGUAACAACAGAAGAGCCAAAGCCUGGUGUCCGAAGCCAAACUAGGCCUUCAUCCACCACAUCAGUUCUCCAGGAAAUCGGGCAGGCUCCAAGAAUAAAAGUCAUCUUCUCAAUGGC